AUGAAUAUAAACCAGGUUGUUUUCCUGUUUAUUUUGUUCUACGUUUCACCGGUACCUGCUUGUGAUGGGGUUGCGGAAAUAAUUCUUCAGCCUUAUAUGGGGAGAAAAGUUACCUAUCCAGACGAUUACCCGGUGAAUACGGGACUUGAAGCAGCCAGAAACUGUUCAUGGAAAAUCAUUGCAGCACAGGGCUAUGAGAUUGUGGUUUAUCCGGAAUGGGUGUGUGAGGCUGGUGUAACUAUCGGUCUAUAUUAUGGUGCGACAACCUCAGCACAAAAAGACAACUGUGUCACUUGUCCCAGAACUAACGGAUACUGUUACGACAUUAUACAAACUAGAGCAUCAGAGGUCCUACUUUCUAUGUUGACUAUUUCUUCCCAUAGUGGAGGCGGAUUUCAGUUUCGAUUUAUGGCUGUGGAAAGAAACAGAGAUUCUACAUGCGUGAGUGGUGGUACAAGGAUGUUGGCAGAGAAGACACCAAAAUUUAUUACGUCCCCAAACUUCCCAUCUAAUUAUAACAGUAAUUUGAAUUGUCUGUGGACUGUGGAACCAGCGUUCAUUGAGAGAGAAACCCGUUUAGUAUUUGAGUUUAGGUCUCAAUAUCUAGAGAUGGGGUUUGAUAGCUGCAGCGAUUUUGUAAGAAUUGAUGGUCUAAAUGAAGAAUUUUGUAAGCAGGAGGAGGACAAUAUAUUGCAAACUUCUUCCCCUAUGCCACUCAACAGCACGAAAGCGAACGUGCGUUUUACUAGCGACUUUGGCUAUGCUGGUAGCGGAUUUGUUUUGGCGUUUUAUAUUGAAACGGUUUCUGGCGCUCCUCAGACGAGUAAGACUGCACACAUAACCACCCAUUCCUCAUCUAGUAAAACCACAACAGGAUUUAGGCAAUCCACUAGUUCUGAAAUAACGACCAGAAGCACACCAGAAAAUAGUACCUCCACAGUAGGUUUUCGUAGUCAUACAAGUGCUGGCAUACCCAAAGCUUCUGAAGCCUCACCAACUCCUGAAACAAAUGCUUCACAUGAUUUAUCAACAAGCACAGUUUCACCGGUACCUGCUUGUGAUGGGGUUGCGGAAAUAAUUCUUCAGCCUUAUAUGGGGAGAAAAGUUACCUAUCCAGACGAUUACCCGGUGAAUACGGGACUUGAAGCAGCCAGAAACUGUUCCUGGAAAAUCAUUGCAGCACAGGGCUAUGAGAUUGUGGUUUAUCCGGAAUGGGUGUGUGAGGCUGAUGUAACUAUCGGUCUGUAUUAUGGUGCGACAACCUCAGCACAAAAAGACAACUGUGUCACUUGUCCCAGAACUAACGGAUACUGUUACGACAUUAUACAAACUAGAACAUCAGAGGUCCUACUUUCUAUGUUGACUAUUUCUUCCCAUAGUGGAGGCGGAUUUCAGUUUCGUUUUAUGGCCGUGAAAAGCAACAGAGAUUCUACAUGUGUGAGUGGUGGUACAAGGAUGUUGGCAGAGAAGACACCAAAAUUUAUUACGUCCCCAAACUUCCCAUCUAAUUAUAACAGUAAUUUGAAUUGUCUGUGGACUGUGGAACCAGCGUUCAUUGAGAGAGAAACCCGUUUAGUAUUUGAGUUUAGGUCUCAAUAUCUAGAGAUGGGGUUUGAUAGCUGCAGCGAUUUUGUAAGAAUUGAUGGUCUAAAUGAAGAAUUUUGUAAGCAGGAGGAGGACAACAUAUUGCAAACUUCUUCCCCUAUGCCACUCAACAGCACGAAAGCGAACGUGCGUUUUACAAGCGACUUUGGCUAUGCUGGUAGCGGAUUUGUUCUGGCGUUUUAUAUUGAAACGGUUUCUGGCGCUCCUCAGACGAGUAAGACUGCACACAUAACCACCCAUUCCUCAUCUAGUAAAACCACAACAGGAUUUAGGCAAUCCACUAGGUCUGAAAUAACGACCAGAAGCACACCAGAAAGUAGUACCUCCACAGCUGAUUUUAGUCAAACAAGUGCUGGCAUACCCAAAGCCUCUGACGCCUCGCCAACUCCUGAAACAAAUAGUCCACAGGAUUUAUCAACAAGCACAGCUCAGCCAAAGUUUUUGCUGGAAAUGAUACCCCCAGGCGACUUUUCACUUAAAUGCAAGGAAGACAUCAACCUACGAUGCACUGUCAAACAUUCCGAGUUUCUGAUCAAUUUAAUCGGGGAAAGUUUUAUUUGGCAGAAGAACGGAAAGAAAAUUUUAUCUGGUUCUGGCUACAAUGUGACCUCGGGAAAGAUGUUCACAACUCUGAGGAAGCCCUCAGCAGUGCUGGACGAUUCUGGAACUUACUCGUGCUCACACACAGCUUCUCCGGAACCAGUGCAGGUGUCCGUCUAUGUUAAUGUCACUAACUCAGAUAACACUUGCACAGAUGGUGAAAAAGGGAAUUUAAAAACCAGAUGGAUAAAAGAUGCUAUCUCCAACUAUCUUAAAGAUAAAGUCAAGUUGGACAGAGAAAUAAGAAAGAAGGUAGAAGAAGGAAAACUAGAUAUAGAGAAAAGAAAGCAGGAAAUGGAAAUGGAAAUGUUCAAAAUAGAAAAGAAGGAAAGUAAUAAAUUGCUAAAACUGCUGACACUGUUAGUCAAAGACCAAAAAGACAAGUGACUCAAAUUAUUAUCGGGGGUUCGUCAUGGCCAGAAAUCAUCGUAAUUCCGUAAAUCACUCAAAAUUGAAUCCUGUGUGUCAUGGCCAGAAAUAAUCGUAAUUCCGGAAAUCACUCAACAUUGAAUCAUGUAUGAAAUAUAUCAGAUAACUAACUUCAACAAUAUUCUCAGAUAUCAAUGCUAUGUGUCUUCCUUAUAAAAUUUGAUGUACUAUUAAAUUGUAAAGCUUUUCU